AUGGCAUCCACUACGACCAGCCAAGCUGCAUCGGCAACCACGUCGACAUCCACGCCCAGCUGCACCACCGCCGUACCCGGAAGAUAUGGCAAUGUCCCCUUCGAUGCCUGCAACGCCUACUACAACUUCAACCCGCAAUUCGCCCCCGCCGUCGCCGUCGCUGUGAUAUUCGGCAUCCUCACCAUCGCCCACCUGGCGCUGGCGAUAAUCUUCAAGAAGACGUACUGCUGGGUCAUCAUCAUGGGCGCCACGUGGGAGCUCGUGGCCUUCAUCCUGCACGCGCUGGGCUCGCACGACCAGCAAAACAUCGGCUACGCCACCGCGCACCAGCUGCUCUACCUGCUCGCGCCGCUGUGGAUCAACGCCUUCGUCUACAUGACCUUCGCGCGCAUGGUGCACUACUUCCUGCCGGAGCGGGCCGUGUGGCGCAUCCGCGGGCAGUCGCUGGCCAAGUACUUCGUGUGGGCCGACGUCGUGUCCUUCGUCGUGCAGGCCGUCGGCGGGCUGAUGGCGAGCCCGGGCGCCUCCGCCGACAUCAUCAAGACGGGCAUAGACGUCUACAUGGGCGGCAUGGGCCUGCAGGAAGCCUUCAUCCUGUGCUUCCUUGGCCUGAUGGUCAUGUUCCAUCGGCAGUCGCUGGCGCUGGAAGCCGCGGGCCUGGCUCACCGGCAGUACGGUUGGCGGCCGCUGCUGUAUGCUCUCUACGGAACGCUGACGGCCAUCACCGUCCGCAUCAUCUACCGCAUCUGCGAGUUCGCCGGCGGCGUCAAGCCGUCGAAUCCCAUCCCUUUCCACGAGGAGUAUUCUUACGCUCUCGACGCAUUUCCGAUGAUGGUAGCCCUCCUCCUCCUCGCCGUCUUCCACCCCGGCCGUUCGCUUGUCGGUCCCGAGAGCGAGUUUCCCAAGAUGUCUCGCAAGGAGAAGAAGGCGGCGAAGAGGGAACGGAAGGCGGAGAAGAAGGCGAUGAAGGCCUCUACGAAAGACUCACUGGGAUCGGCGGAGGCUGGGUCAGGGUAUUUCGAAACGGGCAACGGCGGAUACCAAGAGUCGAGCUCGGCGGGGUUGGAAGGUGAGGCGGGCAGAGAGUUCCCCGCCGUAGAGAUGCGGCAGCAAGCCCGCUUUUGA